UCACAUUAGUUCAGAAGACUUUGUUAAGAUCAGUCGUAUUUAACACGAUGGCAAUUUUUGUGAUUAUUUUGUGUGGUCUAAUCUGUGCAAUAUCUAUUAUUUCUGGUCUGGAUGAUAUAGCAUCAAAAUAUCAGACUUCUGAAUUGGUUCCUGACGCCUUCCCUUCUCCUCCUGAAAAUCCGAUUGAGGUUACGUAUACAAGUGGAGCAGAGGUAAAUUUUGGUAAUGAGCUAACCCCAACAGCUGUUAAGGAUGUGCCUGAUGUAAAUUGGAACGCCAAUUCCGAGGAUUUUCAUACCCUUAUUUUUGUGGAUCUUGAUGCACCAAGUCGAAAAGAUCCAACAUUUCGUGAGGUAAUUCACUGGAUGGUGGUAAAUAUACCGGGAGCCAAUGUGGAUGAGGGUGAGACUAUUAUCGAAUUUAUAGGAUCAGGACCAUCAAAAGGCACUGAUCUUCACCGAUAUGCCUUCUUCGUCUUUAAGCAACCCUCAGGAAAAUUAGAUUUUUCAGCUGAAGACAAAGUCGAUAAAAGAAACAUAAAGAAACGUAUUUCAUUUUCAACAAUAAAAUUUGCUGAAAAGUAUUCUUUGGAACUUUUGGGAGGUAACUUCUAUCAAGCCCAAUACGAUGAUUAUGUACCGAUUUUGCAUGCACAAUUUCACUCAGAAUAAAUCAGAAUUGGAAAUAUAUUUCCAAGUUAUUUUCACGAGUAAAUUUCUGAGUAUUUGAGACAUGCCGAAUAAAUACAACAAUGUUUUUAUUUGAUUGACUUAUUACAAAAUAAAAUGCAAUUGAAAAAGUCUUCUUAGCAACAUUGUAACGAAUUUAAUUUUAUGGAGUUUCCUAAUAAAAGAAAUCACAAUU